ACUAGCCAACAGCUCUAGAAACUCGCAACAACAGCUCUAGAAACUCGCAACAAUGGGCAAAGGAGGCCAGCAGCCCCCGAAGCAGGAGGACUUCCUCACCUCGUCACGGCCGAGCCGCUGCGGCAAGCCGCUCAUCACCGCUGAGCACGCGACGCUCGUCGCCGCGGUUCUACCGAAGGAGAAACUCCCUACAAAAAAGCAGAUCCGCGACUCCAUCCCCCCGGAGUGCUUCGAGCACUCCUACGUGUCGGCGUUCGCCCACGUCAUCCGGGACACGGCCGUCGUGGCCAUGUUUGCGUUUCUCGCCGCAUCUCUCUUGAGAACGUCGAACAUGACUAUUGUGGACAUUCUCGGCUGGCAGGCCUACGCCUUCUUCCAGGGCGCCGCUCUGACGGGUUGGUGGGUCCUCGCACAUGAAUGUGGCCACGGCGGAUUCUCCGCGAGCCAGUUCGUCAAUGAUUGUGUGGGAUUAGUGCUCCACAGUGUGUUGCUGGUCCCCUACUACUCGUGGCAGUACUCGCACGCCAAGCACCACGCGAAGACGAACCAUCUGAUGGACGGCGAGACGCACAAUCCGAACACCCAGGCUGAAAUAGAAGAGGCCGGUUAUGUGGCCCUGUUCCACGCCAUCGGGGAGGAGGGCUUUGCUGGGUUCCAGCUCUUUGCGCAUCUUGUCGUAGGGUGGCCGGCUUACUUAGUGACGAACGCGACUGGAGCUAGACGCCUCUACAACCACAAGCCCAUCGAGGACAACACGCUGGACCAUUUCCGACCCUGGUCGAAGCUCUUCCCGCCGAACUGGGAGCGUCGUAUUUAUGUUGGGACUACGUGCUGGAUCGCCUGCUUCACUGCUAUCUGGGCCGCGACGUACAAGUUUGGGAUAAUACCAGUAGCCUGCUUCUACUGGGGCCCCUACCUCUGGGUCAAUUUUUGGUUGGUCCUCUACACGUGGCUCCAGCACACGUCGCCAGAAGUCCCUCAUUUUGGUGAUGACGAAUGGACCUGGGUGCGCGGCGCCUUGUGCACCAUCGACCGGCCCUACGCGGAGUUGUUCGGCUUCUUCGACUGGGUGCACCACCACAUCGGCUCGACGCACGUCUGCCACCAUUUGUUCUCCAAUUUACCUUGCUACCAUGCUGUAGAGGCUACUAAGCACCUGAAGGCCUACCUCAAGCCGUUAGGAUUGUACAACUACGACCAUGACGGCGUCGUGACGAGCAUGUGGAAAGCCGCCAAAGAGUGCCAGUACGUCGAGGGCACCGAGGGCAUCCACUUCCCGAAGGCCGUCCGCGACCUGAAGAAGGACUAG